ACGCAUAUCCUAAAUCAGCCUAUCAUGAUCGAAAUCGAUUCUCUUCAUUAUUACCGUUUAUUGUGUUACUCAACUGCUGUUGCUUUUCACUUUGGAGUUUCUGGUUUUGCAAACUAUUCUCCAAUAUCUUCAGUAUAUACUUCGAGUCGUUUCAGGACUAUUUUCAAAGUAACUCAGUUCAGACCGUCUGCCCUUAAUUCCUCUAGAAGGAAACUAGGUCUUGUUUACGUUCCACAGCUCGAUUCUCGUGGAAAGUCUUCGACAGUCCCAAGGAUGAGCAGUACUUUGACUGGAUCAGAUGUUGUCAGUCAAUCUUCCAUAAAGAGAUAUGAAGAAGGUCCUCUUUUCAAUCAAAUGGUAACUUAUAACGAUGUAGCUUAUCUUGCUGGUCAGGUUGCGCCCGACACUUCCGAUCAGACUGUGAAGGGUCAAGCAGAGCAGAUUUUCGCUAGAAUCGAUCAACUUUUAAAGGUUGCAGGAACGGAUAAGACCAGGUUGUUAUCUGCAAACGUCUGGCUGAAGGAUAUACAGCACGUUGCAGAGUUUAACGAAGCGUGGAAUUCUUGGAUUGACUCAACCAAUAAACCUGUUCGUGCCACUGUGGAAGCAAAAUUGGUUCGUCCUGAACUCCUGGUUGAAGUGCAAGUAACCGCAGCUUUGCCAAGAAGACUAACUCCUGUGCAAACCAAUCUCGCUGCUGCAGCAGUUGGUCCAUAUCAUCAGGGUAUUGUGCUGGAUAAUGGAACGAUCUAUGUUAGCGGAUGCAUUGGUCUUAAUCCUCAAACUGGUUCCUUGAUCGAUAGCACAGUAGUAGGCCAAGCUAAACAGGCAUUAUCCAAUAUGAAACACAUUUUAAGAGCAGCAGGUGCAACUCCAGAACGAGUAACGAAAACAUUGGUAUUACUCAAAAAUAUUGAAGACUUUGAACGAGUGAAUGAGAUUUACAAGUCAUUUUUCAAUAAUGGUGCCUAUCCGUCUCGAUCCUGUUUUGCCGUGAAAGAGCUUCCAAAAGGUGCUCUUGUAGAAUUUGAGUGUGUUGCUCAGCUUGAGUGAUUAAAGAAACGAUGACUUUUGAUAAUCCAUUAUUUCUUGGUUCAAAUUUUCCCAAAUUUUUCGACACGAGAAGACUUUUCGAUUAUGCAAUUUGGGUGCGCAACCAAUUCUAUUCGGAAAAACGUAGACACAAUCCAUUUCGUGGUUGUCAGCCGUCCUUCACUCUUCAGCCAAACCUAGGUCAGAAAUGCGAAGCAAUCUUAUGAAACUGAUUAAACGUUGCUUAUAUAGA